AUGGAGUCAGAUGAACCAGGCAUUCGCUUCAAAGCCAAAAAACGCACCAAGACGCUACGUCAGCGCGACCGCGACCCUUCGCCUGAUACCACCACCACCACCACCACCACCACCUCCAUCUUCGCGGCGGCGCCAGACGCGCCCGUAUCCGACAACGACAACAACAGCAACGAAGAGGUCGUAGACGACGCCGCCGACGCCUCCUCUUCCGUGCAGGCCGCCCUCAAGCUGCGGCAAUCACGCACCAAGCACCGUUUUCGCGGGGGUGUCGGCUUCGGGCGCAACGAGCCUGCCGCACACGCCAGUAGUAAUGACGACACAAGCCUGGUGCUGCGCGACGCCGCGACCACUGUCGCGCAGGGCCUGCCGGAUCGGUUCAUGCACCAGACGGGCUUCAUCGCCGAUGCCGACGAUAGACACAUGACGGCAUAUGUAGAAUCGCGCCUUUCUUCGCGUCGCGGCGCCAGCGCUGAGCAGCAGCAGCAGCAGCAUAAUCUCGCGGUGCAUGACGGCGGCGAGAAAAGGACAGAGGGUAUGCGUCGCAAGACAAACGCGCCGGGGACGGUGCAGACAGGCACGUCGACGACGAGCUGGACCAGGCUCGUCGAAGUGCAAGUCCCCGCCGAUCUUCGCAGCAGCAACAACAACAAUGGCAAAAAGCGCAGCCUCGACGCAGCAGAUACCACCAAGCAGAACCCUCCCCGCCGACGCCGUAACCGCCGCGGCAGCGACGACAUGAAGCGCGACGCCAUGGUCGAAGCCUUUCUUCAUGAGAAUAAACUCGAUGUCUACGACGUCUCGGAUGCCUCGGCCGCGGCAAACGACGACGCGCUCGCAGAGAAUUUCCGCCAGCAGUACAUGCAAGAGGUGGCCGCGCGACGGCAGCGCAGGCGUCCGGCGCUCAACCAGCCGCGGAUGACGCAGAAGCAGCAGGCGCACCAGCAGGCCGUGGCGGCGGGUGAGGUGCUCAAGGGCCCGAAGCUGGGCGGAAGUCGCAAUGCGAGGGCCGCGGUGAGGGACGCGCUUCUGCAGCAGCAGGAGCUGCGAAAGAAGGGAAAGUAG